AUGUCGUCGAGAUACAAGGACAAGGACGGCGGCGUCGUGCUGACCUUCAAUGGCCAGUGGGUUAGCUGGUCGCAUACUGCCAUCGCAUACACUGCCUUCAUUAGCGCAUUCAUCGUCGGCGUCUCCCUUCACUACCACAAGAUCGUUCAGAAUGAGUGGUACGGAUACCCGGACGAGUGGUUCCCCUCCGUCUCCGCGACGAUUGGCGACCGGUACCCCGAACGAUCGUUCUUCAUGCUCUUCAUCGCAAUCACCUCCGGCCCGCGCUUCGCCCUCGUUGGUCUGUGGUAUCUCUUGACGAGACGACCUGGCCAAGCGCUUCCCAAGUUCACCUUCGCGAUGGGCAUCCUGCGCACCUUGAUGUGCGGCGGCUUCACCUAUGUUACCUCGACCGACGACCACGACUGGCACGACAUCUUCAUGAUCUCGUACAUCGUCGCCUCUCUCCCUUGGACUAUUGGCUGCGUCACGCUGAGUCCGCCGAACCCCCAGGCCAUCAAGUAUCGCAAGUGGAUUGCCAGCUCCUUCUUCGGUACCCUCGUGCCUCUGAUCUACUUCUUCAUCCAGCACAAGGUGCACCGUGUCGCCGGAGCUUACACGAUCUACGCCUUCUUCGAAUGGGCCCUCAUCCUCUUCGACGUUGCCUUUGACGCCGUGACGGCUCUCGACUUCAACACCUUCGAGGUCGUGAUCAGGGAUGUCAAGGGUGCCAGCAAGGGUGAAAACCGCUCGUCUGUACCUUCUGCCGUCCUUGAGAAGGAGAAGGAAAAGGCAUCCGCCGGCGUUCUCAGCGCCCGCUUCACCUGGACCGAGGCCCUCGACACCGCCGCCGAUGUUUACCACGGCUUCAUCUUCUGGUCCAUGCUGACUAGUCUGGGAGUUUUGGUGUGGUACUUUCCCUUGUGGCACAUGGGCAUCUCUGGCUAUGAGGCCUUCGUCAUGUCUACCAUGCUGCCCGUCAUUCUGGGAAUCCGCGCCGUGCGGUCUUUCGUUGUCAACAACCAGCGCAUCGUUCACCUGAUUUCCCUGGUUGGACUUUUGGCGUACCUGGUUCUCGACCCUGCGCGCCGGUUGUUUACAGUUGGAUUCGCAGUCGCUACCUCUUGCCUUGGCUGGACAGCCACAUGGCACUCUGAGAGAGCUCACCAGGCCCGUCUUGAGUCUAAGAUCAUGGCAUGGACCAUUGGCUUGAUUCUCUCUUCUACAGCCAAGUUCAUUUGGUGGACCAACAAUCCUCUUUGGCCCGUCAUGCACGCCGCCAAUGGAGGUUGGAACUUCACCGGCUUCGCCAUCGCCGUUAUUGCUUGCUUGAGGUUUACUCGAAAGGCACCUUUGACUUCUGGUGACUACCCAGAGGAUUCCAAGAAGGGCGGUUCUUCGCUUCUGGCUGCGUUCGGUGUCGGUGGUCUGUUCUUCGGCAUCCACUCUCUACUCUCUGAUACGAGCACCAUGAUUCUCUGGGUCUGGGAUGGAUACCCGAUUCGUGGACCUACAUCCAACACUUACGGAUGGAUGACCAUCAUUGCGAUGACUGCCGGUUUGCUGGUUGGUCUUUACCGCCCUGGUAUGAUGAGCUCAUGGUCUGCGUAUGGCGUUGGUUGCAUUGGUGCCUCGAUCCUCACCUCAUACCACCACUGGUUCGGUUACUACGGCGCUCUCACGACUGCUUUCUACCUCAUGGGUCUCUCCGUACCCUUCCUUUCCAACGCGGCCAGGAGAAGCCCCGGAACUACUUUUGGUCUAGGCUUCUUCAUCUACAACAUCAUGGUCCUGUUCCACGUCUGGGUCGUCGCCUACGCUUUUGUUCCCGGCGGCCCUCUCGUCCGCGAGCACACUGACUGGGUCAUGAUCACCACCUUCCUCCUCAUUGGCGCCGGCGUCUUCGACCUCACCUCUUCGCGGGCCCGUCGCCCGCCUGCUCGCCGCGCGUCUGCCUCUCAACAUAAGAAGUACAACACCAUCGCCGCUUUUGUCGUCAACAUCAUCUUCCUCGCUGCGGCUUUCAUGCGCUUCCCUACCAACGACUACAAGCCCUACCACCCCGAAGACCGCAUUCUCACCGCCGGUAUCUGGACAAUCCACUUCUCUCUCGACAACGACAUGUGGUCCUCCGAGUAUCGCAUGCGCGACCUCAUCAAGGAGCUCGAGAUUGAUGUCAUUGGUCUUCUUGAGUCUGAUCUCCAGCGCAUUAUCAUGGGCAACCGCGACACGACCCAAUUCCUCGCCGAAGACCUCGGCAUGUACGUCGAUUACGGCCCGGGCCCGAACAAGCACACCUGGGGAUCCGCUCUUCUCUCCAAGUUCCCCAUUCUCAAGUCCACUCACCAUCUCCUUCCCAGCCCUGUCGGCGAGCUUGCCCCAGCCAUCUCCGCCACUCUUGACGUCUACGGCCAAGAAGUCGACGUUUUUGUCUUCCACUCCGGACAGGAAGAGGACCCCGAGGAUCGUCGUCUCCAGACCGAAUACCUCUCCAAACUCAUGGGCGAGUCGAAAAACCCGUCGAUUCUGCUCUCCUACCUCGUCACCAAGCCACUCCAGGGCAACUACAACACCUACGUCAGCCCAUUGUCAGGCAUGCACGACGUCGACCCGACCGAUUGGGACAGAUGGUGCGAGUACAUCCUCUACAAGGGCCUCAAGCGCACCGGCUACGCCCGCGUCAGCCGCAGCACGAUCACCGACACGGAGUUGCAGGUCGCCAAGUUCGUCAUCCCCAAGUCCAAGGACGAGCUGCUGCAGAUCGAGGCCCUGGACGACCAGACGCGGAACAAGCGCGUGAGCGAGCACAGCGUGCCCCAGGGAUGGAAGUUCCCCGACAUGUUCAAGGGCCAGGGCGUGCGCGAUCAUAGGUACCACGUCUUCAACGAGCCGAGGUACUAUGACUACUGA